ACCCCAAACAUACAGCCAAAGUAAUUAAGAACUAUCUUCAGCGUACAGAAGAACAAGAAAUACCCGAAGCGACGGCAUGGAGGAUGUGAGAUUAUGUGCCUUAAAUUUGGAUGAAUGUGUCAGAGUCAGUAACGGAAGCUCCCCGCCCUCUUUCAAGUUCUACGAAACAUAACGCCCUGCUCAGACGGAAAUUUACUUCAUGAGAGUGUUAUCUCCACCCUCAUCCCUUGUUUCUGACCUUUACAUGCCCCAUUCUGAAACGAGCACCGAACAUCAAGAAACACUGAGAGCAGCGGAAGAGUAACCCGUUGGCCUCGUUUGGAGCUGUUAUUCACCGAGUUAAGCAAGAUGGGACGUAAGGUGCUGCGUCCCAGUGUUGCCCUUCUCGCUUUUCUUACGAUCUGUCAACAUGUCCGAGCGGAAUGCACGCAGCCUUCUUUUGCAUCACAAAAUGUGCAAACGGAAGAUUUUCUUUUGAGUUUCUCAGAUGGAUCCACUGUAACAUUUGGUUGCAUUCUUGGACACAAGCCACUUGACUCAAAAAGUUCUAAAACAGUUACCUGUCAGGGAACCCAGUGGACAAAUCUAGAACUCAGCUGCAUAAAAAAAUCCUGUGGGAGCCUUGCAGAUAUUACCAAUGGGAAAUAUGAAAUGAAUGGAAAUUUAUUUGGUGAUACAGCUAAAGUAGUUUGUGACAAAGGAUACGUCUUAGAGAGUCAGGGAUCAAUAAGAACAUGCAGAGCUGAUGGAUGGGAUGGCCGAGACCCUUCCUGUGAAGUGGUGAAAUGUACAGCCCCUCCAUCCAUAGAUAAUGGACGACUUAAAGAUGAGCCAUUGGAAAGUUAUGCAUAUUUAGAAACAGUCUCUUAUACAUGUAAUGGAGGACUUAAUCUUAUAGGACCAGCAUCAAUUUAUUGUUCUGAGGAUGGAACAUUUAAACCAGAUCCACCAAAAUGUUUUGAUGGGUGUCCAGUUCCUAUAAUUGCAAAUUCAAAAAGAGUCAAGGGAAAGUCACCUCCGUACAAACUGGGUAACUUUGUAGAAUACAGUUGUGAAAAUGACUAUACAAUGAAAGGAGACGGUUAUAUUGUGUGUAGAGAAAAUGGCUGGGACCCUGAAGUACCAAAGUGCAUUGCGCCUUGUACUGCACCUGUUUUAAGUGACCAACUCACAUUAACACCGCAAUCCCUCUCAAAAACUUUCCCACAUGGAUCCAAAGUGACAGUAAAGUGUAUUGAUGGAUAUAAGCCAAAUGGUACAACAUCUCAGUCAAUCACCUGUGAGGAAACCAAGUGGACAAAAGUAACCCAGACCUGCAUAGCACCUUGUACUGCACCUGUUUUAAGUGACCAACUCACAUUAACAAAGGAAUUCCUCUCAAGUAAAACUUUCCCACAUGGAUCCAAAGUGACAGUAAAGUGUAUUGAUGGAUAUAAGCCAAAUGGUACAACAUCUCAGUCAAUCACCUGUGAGGAAACCAAGUGGACAAAAGUAACCCAGACCUGCAUAGCGCCUUGUAGUUUGCCCAUUUUAAAUGAACAUGUCACUUUAGCAGAGGCUUUCCGCUCACAAAAAAAUUUCCCACAUGGAUCCAAAGUAACAGUGGAGUGUAUUCAUGGAUAUAAGGCGAAUAACACAGUAGAGCCUCAGUCAAUUACUUGUGAGGAAACCAAGUGGACAAAAUCACCCCUGACCUGCAUAGCGCCUUGUAGUUUGCCCAAUUUAAAUAAACAUGUAACUUUAGCAAAAGCUUUCAGCUCCCAAAACAUUUUCCCACAUGGAUCCAAAGUAACAGUGGAGUGUAUUCAUGGAUAUAAGGCGAAUAACACAGUAGAGCCUCAGUCAAUUACUUGUGAGGAAACCAAGUGGACAAAAUCACUCCUGACCUGCAUAGCGCCUUGUAGUUUGCCCAAUUUAAAUAAACAUGUAACUUUAGCAAAAGCUUUCAGCUCCCAAAACAUUUUCCCACAUGGAUCCAAAGUAACAGUGGAGUGUAUUCAUGGAUAUAAGGCGAAUAACACAGUAGAGCCUCAGUCAAUUACUUGUGAGGAAACCAAGUGGACAAAAUCACUCCUGACCUGCAUAGGCGAGAGCACUCCAGUUUAUGCUAUAGUGAUUGGUGUCAUCUUUGCAGUGGGUUUGUGUAUUCUCAUUGUUUGCUGCUGUUUAUGUAAACGCUCAAAACGGCAGUGUUCUCACAAGGUGCCAACUAAUAAUGCAGAUGAUGUUUUAUAACACCCUCACAUAUGUGGUCUUCAGAAAGUUGUCCUGAAUAAAAUCCCAAUGAAGAAUCCUGCAAACAUAUGUACCCUGUAUAUACACACACUUCCCAGAAUCCAGCACGAAGCAAGCUGCAGCAAAUUUCUCCAUAAUCAGACUCGUUGUUGCUUUAAAAAUGCCAGCUUCAUGCGAAAUAACUCCUUCUUUACUCCAGAAACUCAGUCUUCACAUAAGUCAGGUUGAAUUCACUUUUAUAAAGUGUAUGCUUGUGAUUUCUUGACAGUUGUUGAUGUAGAGAUCACUCAUUAAUAACAACGUUCCUCUUCUUGAGAUCAUUUAAGGCAAGAAGUGCACUGGGAGCCCCUUCCCUCACUGAUUCAGUUGAGGGCUAGAUUUAUCACGAUUAUUUAUGUAGAAAGAACAUUUAAGAGAUGGAUGUCUGAAUUUUGUAAUUGCAUAAUAUUUGUGAAUCCACGUUUUUUUUUUCCACGAGGUUUUUUGGUUUUGCCUGUUACUUUGCAUUUGUUCCAGUAAAUGUAGUACAGAAAGUGAUUGGCGGUGCAGAUUUUAAAGGAAAGUUCUGUUUAUUUCUGCUGAAGUGCAUAAAGUGCCUUUUUGGUUUUUAAGUGUUUGUCUGAGGUUUUGUAUAGGUUCUAAUUGCAUUAGAAAUGUUUUGCGGUCUCGAUUUUUACGUUAAUAAAGAAAAACUUUAGUAUGAUAAGUCAUUUACUUUUGUCUGCUUUAAGACCAAAUACAUACAGAGGCCUAAUUGCCUUUUGUUACUGCUUAUUUAUUUUUUCCCCUAUUUGGAAAAGUUUGCUCUAAAAUAUUGGAAAGUAUUAAUAUCUUAAUAUUUGACCAUUUUUUUUUUAAUUGGUCAUAGUAAUUUUUCCCCAGAAGUGUUUUCUUUUGUGUGUGUGUGUGUACACGUGUACUGAUUGGCUGUCUUGGUUAUUUAACUUUUGUUAGCUUUAAACUUUUCAGCAUUCUCAAAGAUGUAUCAUAUUCUAUUGUUGUGGUGUUUGAAAUGGUUUUGAACCACUACAUUUGUGCCAUGCUAAUUUAAUGCACUGGCAUAACUUGAUUUCCAGAAUAAGCACUGUCGCAAAGUUGAUCAAAUAUAAAUCAACCUUUAUGAUUCUGUCUUUCAUUGAGAUGUCUGUGUGCCUGAAAGGACUCAAAAUAAAAGCUAUCAAAACAGAACAGUUGGGUUCAUAACUGACAUUUGUCCAUUUUAUUUUAGUUCUUGGAUAUUUGCAGACCUGAGCACUGAUUCUGUUUGACACACAGUGUUAUUGUGGAAUUAGGUUUUGCUCUAUCACUAGAUGCAUUUCAUAUUCAACCAGUACAGCUGCUUUCUGUAUCACAAGGUUUCCAAUAAACCACGUUCAGUUCACCGCGUUACAUUUCCUCUAUUACAUAACAAGGAACAAUCAGUUUAGUUGUUCAAUUAUUUCAAUAGAAAAAAACUGUUCAUGACUAUUUCAUUUACAAAGCAUGUCAAACAAAAACAUGAAUCCUACUGCACAUGGUAUAUUUUGAACAGACAAUAUCGCACCAAUGAGUUUUUUUAACAUAUAUACAGCGACUUCAAUUAACAAUUGUACAGACAACAGCAAAAUUAUGGCAAGUUUUACUGUAAUUACAGAUUUGUUAAACCAUUCAUUCUUUGGGGCAUCACAAAUGAAAUCAAACAUUUUAACCAUUGAAGACAUGUGAACGUACUUUUGGCACUUUUAUUAGUCUAAUAACCAAAAACUUUAAUGACUUAAUUUAGAAUUUUUCAUUCUCCAUGCAGUGACUGGUCCAUAGGCACUUAAAUUGUACAUUUGGCAUAAUUAAAUAUUGGCAACCUUUAAACUUACAACUACACAAACAUGUACAAAUCCAGUAAAAUAUGAGAAGCAAACCACCAGAUUUAUAAGGAGAAGAUAAAUAACAGUAGUCCAAACAGGAUGUUCCAAUGCAAAACAUGUCAAAAAAUAUUCCAUUCAUAGAGAAAUAUGCAUGUGUACUGAAAUGCAUAGGUUCAAC